GAUGGAAUUAUUGGGGGGUAACGCUGAGUCUGUUGUGUUCUUAAUCAUGGUGGAACCACCAUUGAUGGCCUGCAUGGGCAGAUCGCACUUUCUCCAUAAUUGCUUGUUGUUCAGUGAAGAAGCAUUACCAAAUCCUGUCUCCUUGGCGAAUUCAAUGCUCUGAGGCUACAGCCCUCGGCCAUGGUUUCAUCUCCAGCUUCGAUUAUGCUUCUCCUCUACUCCGUCCUUUUCUGGACCUUCUUCUUCAGUAGCAACGGCAAUGGCGGUGCGAUGGCCGGAGCAACUCGAUCGAGACCUCUGCGGUUUGCUACUGAGUUUGAUUAUGACUCCCCCAGGAGAGUUCUCCUCAAUAAUGGCCUCGCUCUAACUCCUCCGAUGGGAUGGAAUAGCUGGAACCAUUUUCAGUGUAAUAUAAACGAGAAUUUAAUCAAGGAAACAGCGGAUGCAAUGGUAUCCAGCGGCCUUGCUGCAUUAGGAUAUCAAUACAUCAAUUUAGAUGAUUGUUGGGCUGAACUGAAUAGAGAUGCUAAGGGUAAUUUAGUUCCUAAAUCUUCAACAUUCCCUUCUGGUAUUAAGGCCCUAGCAGAUUAUGUUCAUAGAAAAGGGCUCAAGCUCGGAAUUUACUCUGAUGCUGGGAUCCAGACUUGCAGUAAGAAGAUGCCAGGUUCCUUGGAUCACGAAGAACAAGAUGCAAAAACCUUUGCAUCAUGGGGGAUCGAUUACUUGAAAUAUGAUAACUGUGAAAAUACUGGUACAAGCCCAAAAGAAAGGUAUCCGAAGAUGACUAAAGCCUUGCAACAAUCUGGGAGACCCAUACUUUUUUCUUUAUGUGAAUGGGGACAAGAAGACCCAGCUACUUGGGCAGUGAAUGUAGGAAAUAGUUGGAGAACAACAUCAGAUAUUCAAGACAACUGGAACAGUAUGACAACUAUUGCUGAUCAGAAUGACAAAUGGGCAUCUUAUGCUAAACCUGGAGGAUGGAAUGAUCCUGACAUGCUUGAAGUGGGGAACGGAGGGAUGACAACAGCAGAAUACCGCUCUCAUUUUAGCAUUUGGGCACUGGCAAAAGCUCCUUUGCUGAUUGGAUGUGACAUCAGAUCAAUGGACAACAUCACCUUGAAAUUGUUAAGUAAUAAGGAGGUUAUUGCAGUUAAUCAGGAUAAGCUUGGAGUUCAAGGGAAGAAGGUUUACAAACUUGGAGAUCUUGAGGUUUGGGCAGGGACACUUAGUGGUAAAAGAGUCGCUGUGGUUCUGUGGAACAGAGGCUUUUAUAGAGCCAAAAUCACUGCAUCUUGGUCAGCUAUUGGUUUGAGUCCAUCAACUACUGUUACUGCCCGAGACUUAUGGGAGCACUCCAGUCAGGUGGUUCAGCAUCAACUUACUGCUCAAGUAGACCCUCAUGACUGUAAGAUGUAUGUUCUCACUCCCCAUUAAAGCCCAAAGAGAAAACACCGCCAAUGUUCUUGUGAUUGAUUAUUGUUGUCUUCACUUCAGUCUCUAUGCUGUGUUUCCUGGGAUUUUACAUGCUUUAUCUGUUUGAGAUGAGGUCUUUAUUUCUUCAAUGUGGAUGAACAAAUGCUCUUUGGAAUUUUUAUUUGUUAGGUACUUACAUAGUUGUUCUCUAUUUGGAACAUAGACAUCAAAUGCAUUUGUGCUUCAUUCCACUUCCUAUUAUGUGAUCAAGCUUUUGAUGUUGAA